AUGGGCGCCCAUGUUCAGGCGCCCGUCAAGAGAAACUUUGCAACAUCAAAGCGGUUCCACCUCAAGAACAGCUUCAAGUCCAGCAAGGUGCACCAACAGCAACAGCAACAAAAGCAACCAUUGAAGUUGUUGGAGCAGCACCAGAAGGAGUUGACUCGCUAUGGCCCGCCAUUGCAGUCGUCCUUUGGCUGGUACAAGAUCCUCAAGUAUUCCUUUGGUGCGGCAGCUUUUAGUGCCGUUGCCGCGGGCAUAAUCAUCAUUUACAAAGUGUAUCAAGAAAGUCAACCGGUGCAACAGGUGCCCCAAUCGCCAUUUUUUCCCAAUGGCGAGAAGAAAAAGACAUUGGUCAUCUUGGGCAGUGGAUGGGGGUCGAUCCCCUUGUUGAAGAACUUGGACACUACCUUGUAUAACGUGGUUAUCGUUUCGCCUAGAAACUAUUUCUUGUUUACGCCCUUGUUGCCCAGCUUGCCAACGGGCACAGUUGAGUUUAGAUCGAUUAUUGAGCCGGUGAGAAGCAUAACUCGAAGAUUGCCCGGUGAAGUCAUUUAUUUGGAAGCCGAGGCCACGGGUAUUGAUCCUACCAAGAAUGAAAUCACCAUCAAGCAAAGUACCACGGUCCACUCGGGCCACUCGGGCCAGGACACGGGCAGUUCCAAGAGCACUGUUCCCGACUAUACUGGCAUUGAGGAGAUCACCACCACCUUGAACUAUGACUAUCUUGUCGUGGGUGUCGGGGCACAACCACUGACUUUUGGUAUUCCAGGUGUUGCCGAGCACUCGACGUUUAUGAAGGAGAUUAGCGACGCUGCUACUGUUCGAACCAAGAUCCACGAUGUCAUUGAGGCUGCCAACUUGUUGCCCAAGGAUGACCCUGAACGUAAGCGUUUGUUGCAGAUUGUCGUUUGUGGCGGUGGUCCCACUGGUGUUGAGACCGCUGGUGAGAUUCAAGAUUACAUCGACCAAGACUUGAAGAAAUGGCUCCCCGACGUGCAGCAGCAAUUGCGUGUUAGUUUGAUUGAAGCAUUGCCCAAUGUCUUGAACUCGUUCAAUGCAAAGUUGGUCAAUUACACCAAGCGUGUUUUCAACGAAACCAACAUCAACUUGUUGACCAACACCACUAUUAAAAAAGUCGAGGACAAGGUUGUCAUUUGCAACCAAAAGAAGCCUGAUGGAACGACUCAAACGGUUGAGAUCCCCUACGGGAUCUUGAUUUGGGCCACCGGUAACGCUACUAGAUCAUUCACCAAGGACUUGAUGAGCAAAAUUGAAGAGCAAAAGAACGCGAGACGUGGAUUGCUCAUUGACGAGUAUUUGAAAGUUGACGGUACCGACAACAUCUACGCCUUGGGAGACUGCACAUUUACCAAGUAUCCCCCCACGGCGCAAGUGGCAUUCCAAGAGGGGCAAUACUUGGCUCAGCUUUUCCAAAAGAAGCACGAGUUGGAAUCGAUUAAGUACCAAAUCGCCAACCCCACCGAUAAGACCAACAUUGAGAGACUAGCUAAGAAAUUGGACAGAUUGGAGGCCAAUUUACCCAAGUUCCAGUACGAAUACAAGGGAUCCUUGGCUUAUAUCGGCAGUGAAAAAGCCGUGGCCGAUUUGGCCAUGGGCACCUGGUCCAAUAUCUCGACCGGUGGUGGGUUGACCUUUUUGUUGUGGAGAUCCGCGUACAUCUACAUGUGUUUAUCCGUCAAGAACCAAGUCUUGGUUGUUUUGGACUGGAUGAAGGUGUACCUCUUUGGCAGAGACUGCUCAAAGGAAUAA